AUGGCUCUGAAAAGAUCUAGAAUUGUAAUGUGUUCAAAUAGCAGCACAAGACUACCUGAAUAUCUGGCUGAAAUUUGUCCUUCCAAACUGCAAAGCUGCAUUGAAAUCUGUCCAAGUAGAGUUCUGGAAGUACUAAAAGGCUAUGAUAUCAUAGUUGCACCACCAAAGUUUACAAGAACACCUGUUGACCAGACAGGGGUUUCUGGAGGAGUCGCCUCAUUCAUCUGUCAAGCCACAGGAGAUCCAAGACCUAAAAUUGUCUGGAACAAAAAGGGAAAGAAAGUCAGCAAUCAGAGAUUUGAGGUAAUAGAAUUUGAUGAUGGAUCUGGAUCGGUCCUCAGAAUACAACCACUGCGCACGCCACGAGAUGAAGCUAUUUAUGAAUGUGUGGCUUCAAAUAGUGUUGGCGAAAUAAGUGUGUCCACAAGACUCACUGUUUUACGUGAGGAUCAAAUUCCCCGAGGUUUCCCCACCAUUGAUAUGGGCCCACAGCUGAAGGUGGUUGAACGAACUCGUACAGCUACCAUGCUAUGUGCAGCCAGUGGCAAUCCUGAUCCCGAAAUAACUUGGUUCAAAGAUUUCUUACCUGUUGACACAAGCAACAACAAUGGCCGCAUCAAGCAGUUACGCUCAG